AUGGAUGCGACUCCGUUCUACCUUCUUCAGUUUAUGUGCUCCCUCGACCCAUGCUGCGCUCAGAUGGUGUCGUUACGCUUAUUGAAAACAUCGUUUCUUCCGGACUCAGUCGGACUGAGAUCUUGGUGCUUCAUCUCCAUGUUGUGGUCGCGCCUGAACGUUGCUCAUCGCAUGCGGAAGCAUGUUCGCCAUGAGCUACUCGGGUCUUUGCUGCCAGGCCCCUCUUCGAGCAACCCAAUUUGGAGGCACUUCCUCAAAGCGAACGAUCUUCCUUGGCUUCAAGACCAUCUGGUCCAGUCUGACAUCGUUUACCCGGGAGCCGGCGGAAUCUCCAUGCCGGUAGAAGCUCUAUGUCAAUACUCUGAAGUUCCGACCGAGACUCUGGACGGUUAUUAUCUGAGGGAUAUCCAGAUCAGCAAUGCCUUAGUUAUCCCGGAUACAGAAGCCGGAAUCGAGGUUCGGCUGUCUUUGCACCCCUGUGACGACAAGAAUCUGGAGCCGGGAUGGUAUGAGUUCUCUCUGAAAUCACCUAGCAGCGGCGGUAAUUCGUGGAAUGAGCAUAUCCGCGGGUGCAUCUCCCAGAGACAAAAAUCAAAGGCCGCCUUGCCCUCCGUUGUAGAUGGAGGUGAUGCUAUCGGCCAAGCCAACUCAGCUCAUCCCCUUAAGGUGGAAAUCGACUAUUUGUUCGCUCGCCUGAGGAAGAUGGGUCUGCAGCAUGGUCCGACAUUCCAGAACAUGCUUAGCAUUCAGGCCAACGACUCUGGUUCCAAAUUUCAGUUCAAAGUAGCGAAUGUGAACUCGAGCUACAAUCUUCUCCACCCCACCACGCUGAAUUCAAUCUUCCAAGGAGCUUAUUCUGCACUUUCCUCCGAAGACUUCCAGAAUUCGAUGGUAAUACCUAGAGCCAUCCAGCACAUCUACGUCUCGCAGGCUAUUACUUCGACUCCCCACUACAAGUUUGAGUCUUUUGCAACAAUGAUCGUUGCGAUAAGUCGGGCUUUCGGUCUUCCAUAA